GUGAAUGAAAUGAAGGUGUCAUUUCAUUGCUCUCCCCCUCUCUCUCUCUCUCUCUCCCCCUCUCCAAUCUCUUGGCGUUUACACUAUGCAUUGAUGAAGCACUUGCUGACUGACACCAACAGCCACAGAGCAACGCUUUCAGUUCAGUGGCUCUGCCUUUGGCUGAGGCUGAGCUUUGGGCUGUGGUUGGGGAUGAGAGAGAAAAAGGCAGAGAUACACCAAGGAAUUAUCUGGAGUUGAGCCCGUGACGCGGUGCCUUUAAUAUCGCUCUCCUCGCAGUCAGCUGAUAGAGAGGGAUUUGGGAGCUGAUAGAAGACAUCAUGGCACCCAUCGGGCUUAAAGCUGUGGUUGGAGAAAAGAUCAUGAACGAUGUGAUCAAGAAGGUGAAGAAGAAGGGAGAAUGGAAGGUGUUGGUUGUCGAUCAGCUCAGCAUGAGGAUGCUCUCGUCCUGUUGCAAGAUGACGGACAUCAUGACCGAAGGUGUUACAAUCGUGGAAGACAUCAAUAAACGUCGAGAGCCCAUCCCCAGCUUGGAAGCAGUUUACCUGAUCACACCGUCUGAAGAGUCUGUGCGUGCGCUGAUCAAUGAUUUCAAGGACCCUCCGACCUCCAAGUACAGGGCAGCUCAUGUCUUCUUUACAGACUCCUGCUCAGAUCCACUGUUUAACGAGCUGGUGAAGUCCCGCACAUCCAAGGUCAUCAAAACUCUCACAGAAAUCAACAUCGCCUUCCUUCCAUAUGAAUCACAGGUUUACUCACUGGACGUCCCGGAUUCAUUCCAGAGCUUCUACAGCCCUCACAAGGCACAGCUCCGCACCCCCCUCCUCGAGAGGCUGGCCGAACAAAUAGCAACCCUGUGUGCUACGCUGAAGGAGUAUCCUGCCGUCAGAUACCGGGGUGAUUAUAAAGAGAACGCCAUGCUGGCACAGCUGGUCCAAGACAAAUUAGACGCUUACAAAGCUGACGAUCCAACUAUGGGGGAGGGCCCAGACAAAGCUCGCUCUCAGCUCUUGAUCGUGGAUCGUGGGUUUGACCCAGUCUCUCCCGUGCUGCACGAGCUGACCUUCCAGGCAAUGACCUAUGACCUGCUGCCAGUGGAGAACGAUGUUUACAAGUACGAGACUGGCGGGAUGGGAGAGAACCGGGUCAAGGAGGUGCUGUUGGAUGAAGAUGAUGACCUAUGGAUUACACUGCGUCACAAACACAUUGCAGAGGUGUCCCAGGAGGUGACUCGUUCCUUGAAGGAUUUUUCCUCCAGCAAAAGAAUGGCGACCGGCGAGAAGACUACCAUGAGGGACUUGUCUCAGAUGCUGAAGAAGAUGCCACAGUACCAGAAGGAGCUGAGCAAGUACUCCACUCACCUCCACCUCGCUGAGGACUGUAUGAAGCAUUACCAGGGCACCGUGGACAAGCUGUGCCGAGUAGAACAGGAUCUGGCCAUGGGCACUGACGCUGAAGGAGAGAAGAUCAAGGACCCGAUGAGAGCCAUCGUUCCCAUCCUGCUGGAUAACAACGUCACCACGUACGACAAGAUCCGCAUCAUCCUUCUCUACAUCUUCCUUAAGAACGGAAUUACCGAGGAGAACCUCAACAAGCUGAUUCAGCAUGCUCAGAUCCCGCCCGAGGACAGCGAGAUCAUCACUAACAUGGCUCACCUGGGGAUCCCCAUUGUCACAGAUUCAACCCUGCGUCGCAGGAACAAACCCGAGAGAAAGGAACGGAUCAGCGAGCAAACCUACCAGCUGUCCAGAUGGACACCACUCAUCAAGGACAUAAUGGAGGAUGCCAUUGAUGACAAAUUGGACGCUAAGCAUUAUCCGUACAUCUCUGCCCGUUCUACUGCAUCCUUCAGUUCCACCGCAGUCAGUGCCCGGUAUGGCCACUGGCAUAAGAAUAAGACCCCAGGGGAGUACAGAACUGGGCCUCGCAUGAUCGCCUUCAUCCUUGGGGGGGUCUCCUGCUCUGAGAUGCGUUGUGCUUACGAGGUCACACAAGCCAACGGGAAGUGGGAGGUGCUAAUAGGAUCUACACACGUGUUCACUCCCCAAAAAUUGCUCGAUUCACUGAAAAAACUGAACAAGCCAGACGAGGAACCCAGCAGUUAAAAGAGUGAAACCAUCGCGGAGAGGUUUUGAGCACUCUUUGAAGAUCCCCCUCCUUCUCCGCACCCCCUCCCCCACCCCACCACCACCACCCCCCACCCCCACUUACUGUCUGUGAAGUUUUGAUGUUGCAACCUUUGUAAUUCAAUAUGUAUUGCAUUGAGCUAAACAAAAGAUAUGAAGGCUAGCAAAUUUCUCUCGAAAUUGUUUUAGCAAUGGAUGCAACGUUUAAAACAAAAGGAAUUUCUGGGAAAAAAAGCUUACCUAAUACUGUAAUUACUAAAAUCUGACGACGAUUGCUUUAAAACCGCUAGGACAUGAGUGAAUUGGUUAGAAUUCUCUUGGGUUUCUUUCAUAUGUGUGUUUGGAUUAGUGGAGGAAAGCUUUGCAUGGGGGUUGGGCUUAUGCAGCGUAAAUACAGAGUAAAAGAGUAAAGAUGAAAUAAUAGUAGCCCCUUUGUCUUGAAAAACACACACACAAACAUACAUAUAUAUAUAAUAUAUAUAUAAUAAAAUUAAACGAUUCUGAAACUUCCAACCCAAAAGCUGCUGUGAUGUCCUGGGGAUGAAGCGUGUUGUUCCAAUUUGCCUGGAAUAAGUCUUGUUGAUGUGAUAUAUUAUAUAUAAAUGCUGACAAUAAAUUGCCAGCGACUCAAAGCAUGGUUAUAGCGACCGUUUUAUGAAGUCUUCUCGAGGGCUGCUUUCUGGACAGGGAAAGUGGCCAGCACAUUCCUCCACUGAUGGUCAAAACCCAAAGUAUUCCUCCCCUCCCCAACUCCCCAACAUCUUUUAAACGUGUAGUGUCAAACGUCGUGCUUGCGAAACAGAGCCAAUGUUAUUUCAGUAUUGUACUUAGUAAAUGAAAAUGGAAUUACUGUCUCUUUGGUUAAUAUUGAGAUAAAACCAUUUAUGCACUAACUGAUAGUGUGUCGCUGUAUAGUCCAACUGGUGAAAAACGUGAAGUAGCCUCUUUUAAUUUAUGAGUGUGUAUGUAUAUUCUCUGUGUCCUUUUGUGCUGUGUUAAUGCUUGUGUGUGUGGUAGUUAUAUUGGAGGGGAGGGAGGGAGGGAGCGGAGGGAGGGAUUUUCUUUCCUUCUGGGCAUUGCUGCAUCUUCCAUUUGUCGAAAAGCUUUUUAAUUGCCGGUCUCUUGCUCGCGCCGUUAUUUGCAGCAAAAAGGCCAUGUGAUGCACUGACUGCUUUUGUGAUGCAAGAAGCUUACUUUGCUGUUGUAACACGAUCCACUGUGUCGAGUCCUAUUUAUAUGAAGUUAUUUAUCCGAGAACUUUAGUCUUGUCUUGAUGCCCCUCUCCCCCCUCCCCCCCCGUCUCCCGUGAAAAGAGUCCGAUCCUGUGUUCAGAGUGUUCAAGCACAAAGUGUACUUUAUGUUCUGAGACCGAAGCAGAUAAAUAAAUGGGUCCUGAUGAGAUUGCUUGUACAUUG